CAAAAAGCACAAGUCGUAGCUGGCUCCGGACCAGGCUGUUGUUGUUCUCAACGUGGUCCGCCGCGGAGCCAUAAAAGCGGAGCGGGGCGCUCUCUCCGCCAGAGCGCACGGUGCACGCCUAGCUAUCUCUGGUGGUGCUACUGUCACCGGCAGUGGCAGCAACAGCUCCUUCGCGCCGUUUCUCGGUUCGGACCAGCUCCGUUCCGGUUUCCUCUGCUCCGGCCCAGGCUCAGGCCCAGGCCCAGGCCCAGGCCCAGGCCCAGCUCGGGACACCCGCUCCAGCCGGCCCGGUCUCCGCCCCAGCCCUGCCGCCUGGCCCCAGGCCCGGCCGCGGCCGCUCCCGCCUGGAGCCGCCGCGCGCCCCCAGCCCUCCGGCGCCCUCUCGGCCCCUCGCCUUCCUCUUCCCGGCGCGGCCUCCGGGCUUCCGCGCCCCGCCUGCCACCAACCCGCUUGCCACCAUGUCUGUGGAGCUUGAGGAAGCCCUGCCGCUGACUACCGCCGAGGGGGCGGCCAAAAAGGUGGCCAAGGCUGGCGGCUCGGCGGCGCUGUCCCCAUCCAAGAAGAGGAAGAACAAGAAGAAGAACCAGCCGGGCAAGUAUAGCCAGCUGGUGGUGGAGACCAUUCGCAGGCUGGGCGAGCGCAACGGCUCGUCGCUGGCGAAGAUCUACACGGAAGCCAAGAAAGUGGCGUGGUUCGACCAGCAGAACGGCCGCACCUACCUCAAGUAUUCCAUCAAGGCCCUGGUGCAGAACGAUACGCUACUGCAGGUGAAGGGCACCGGCGCCAACGGCUCCUUUAAGCUCAACCGCAAGAAGCUAGAGGGCGGUGGCGACCGGCGCGGAUCCCCGGCGGCCGCCACUGACCCGGCCGCCGCGGUGCACAAGGCCAAGGCAGCGGCCCCGAAAGCCGCCGGCGCCCGGCGCUCGAACCAGAAGCCCGCCAAGGGCCAGAAGCCUGAGAAGCGCUCUCACAAGAAGGGCGCCGCCUCCAAGAAGGACAAAGGCAGCAAGGCUAAGAAGGCGGCGGCGACGGCGGCUGGGGGCAAAAAGGUGAAGAAGGUGGCCAAGCCCAGCGUCCCUAAAGUGCCAAAGGGCCGCAAGUGAGCGCUCCGGCCUGCGGGGUCGGCUCAGUGUUCGGUUUUUGUACCCCAAGUGUAUGUAGUUUUGUACGGUUAGACCCUAGCCCGGGCCGCUGCGCCUGCUCUGAGUGCAGCGAGGGGCCCGGAGUCUGUCUUCCCCAUCCCCCGCCCUCCGUGGUAGCGUUUUUUUGUUUUGUUUGCUUUGGAUUUUGAAAUGGCCCUGACGACGCCCCCAUUGGCUCUUCGCCCUUGGGUUGUCGCUAUGGUUACCAGCCUCUAGGCGCCAAUGGCCAAGGCCUCUAAUCCGCCCUUUCCGACUCCCUACGCUGCCCACCUUUGGGUGUGCGACAAUCGCGCGGUGCUGCGCGGCUCUUCCCUUCAUCCCGUCAUCCUUUUGGGGGGCGCAAUAAAUUGUUCAAACCUUUGA